AUGAGUAGAUCAAUGGGAUUUAACAUCUGUGUGGUCACCUGCAGCAUCCUGCUCUUGUCUUCCAGUCUGCCAUGCCUUGCAUCUCAGCAACUGGAGGAGACAGAUGUGACAAAGGUGCAGCGUGGCCCCUGGACAGGGAACGGGGUAGAAGAUGAAAGGACAAGCAUGCUGAACUCAAAAAAUAACCUGGGCCCUUCUGAGCAGACUGUUUCUGAAGAGCUGUUUGGAGCAUCAGCAAAGCCAUCUGGGAUACCCUUCAGUGAAGCCUUCACUGCAGAAGGAGAAAUGCUGCCUGUAAGCCCAAGCCACAUCAUCCCAGGCAGCCAGGGUGCCCACACCUCUGCAGUGGCUGCUGUUGAUGAGGAGGAGCUUGGUCACACAAAGUCAGAGCUGGAUGAGGAUGAUGUAUUCAAGGCCAUGCUGACCACAGCUGUGACCACCCUGAACCCUGCUGUCCAGGAGGAGGCUGUUGGUGGCCCUGGUAGUGAGACCACCACAGAGGGUGAUGUUGAAGUAGAGCACAGCUCUGCCGGCCCCUCAGCAAACCCCCUUUCUGGCACAGCUGGGGAGGUGGCAGAGAUCAGCUCGCACCCCUCAGCUGCACCCCAGCCCACAGAGCACCCCAGUUCUCCCAGCUGGGAAACGGCAAGUGACCACCCUGUCAUCCCAACUCCUGAUGCUCAUAGCAUGACCUCUGUUGUGGGAUUGCAGAGAGCCCGCACAGGGAGCCCUCUGGCGUCCUUGGUUGUGCGAGCGUCCAUGACUGCAAAACAUCCCCUCACAGCAACCGAGGUGUCCCUCCCUCUGGAAGCAGGGACGGGUGUCAUGCAAGAAGAGCUGCCUGCCUCUGCUGGCACUGUCACCAUCCACCCUGUGGACACUGUGCCAACUGACUGGGACGACACGAAACUGGGGGACAUAAGUAAAAGUGCAUCUCGUGAGGAGGUGAUAGAGAACCAAGGGUCAACAGAGCCACUGCAGACCCUGCAGGGAGGUGUGUGGGAGGAAGAGGAUGCAACGGGAGUGCUGCCAUCCCCAGUGUCUCCUCCACCAACUCCUGAGCUUGCCAAGGAGACCAACUGCACAGCACUGGUGCAAGGGGAGGAGAUACCGACAGCUUCCACAGGCAGCAGUGAUGCUCUCCAGACUGGAAACCUGACUGAUGUGGACACGGAUGAUCGCAACGUGCUAGAAAAUGCAAAUGUGGUCACAGCAGCAGAGGGGAAGAGCAUCCCACCAUUGCAGUCAGAGGCUGCUGUGGUGACAGAUACACAAUCUGAUCUUUCUCCUACUCUGGAAAGCUCAUGGAAAGGUGUUAUUCAGGAGGCGACAGCAGUUGCCCAGGAGGCUGAUGCUGCUCUCUCAGUUGUGACAGUGGUGCCUGGUGCUGCCCAGGAAACAGGAGCUCCAAGCCUUCUGCAGGAAACCAGUGGGGAGGACACCCAGAUGCCGACUGCUCCUAGUGCCACCCAGAUGCUGGUGUCAACUGGUACUUCCUCUGUGACCAACACUCCAGAUGUAGAAGAUCUCACAGAUGCAGUCCUGGUCACCAGUGAGGAGGCUCUUCCAGCUCCUGGUGAGCUGUCUGCUACCCAAUCUGGACAGACAGAGGAGCCAUCCAGCAGAACUGUGGUCCUGGUAACUCCAGCAUCAAUGGCAUCUUCCAUCAGGAGGACGGCACUUCCAUCUGUGAGGAGGAUCAGCACUGCUGUGACCUAUGGGCUGGACCACCUGGAGUCAGAAGAGGGUGAGGAAGAGGAAGAAGAGGAGGAGGAAGAAGAAGAGGAAGAGGAGGAUGAGGAGGACAAAGACAUAGAUUCGAUGGAUGAAAGCAUGGAGGGUGACACGGAGCUGCCAGGUUUCACACUUCCAGGCGAGACAUCCCAGGAGCCCAUGGCUGGCCUGGAGAACCCUGUGGCCCAGCUGGCUGGGGUGUCCUACCAGGUUCCCGACACCAUCGAGUGGGAGCAGCAAAACCAGGGACUCCUCCAAACCUGGCAUGAAGAGCUGCCCACAUUGUUCUGCUGA